AUGAUGAGUGAUAAUGGGUCAAAAUAUAUGAUCAACGCCAUACCAUUUAUAGGAAAAGCCACUGAUACCGGGGGACUGCCUCUAGGCGAGUACUUUGUAAAAGAGCUUACCCGACCUCUUCAUGGUUCAAACCGAAACAUCACAACUGACAAUUGGUUUACGUCCAUUCCUCUAACUAAGUCACUACUUUGCGAGCCAUAUAAAUUAACUGUAGUGGGUACCUUGCGUUCUAAUAAAAAAGAAAUACCCAAUGAGAUGUUUAACACCAGAACUAGACCUAUAGGGACAUCAAUGUUUUGCUAUGUUGGUCCUUUGACCCUGCUAUCAUACAAACCAAAACCUAACAAGAUCGUUUAUUUGUUAUCAUCCUGUUCAGAAGAAGGAACUGUCAACCAGGAAACUAAGAAGCCACAUAUGGUUGAAUUUUAUAACCAAACGAAAGGCGGAGUCGACACGUUUGACCAAAUGUCUGCAAACAUGUCCUGUAGCCGGAAGACGAAUCGAUGGCCUAUGUGCAUCUUUUAUGGGAUGUUGAACAUGACUUUUAUAAACAGCUACGUUAUUUAUUGUGAAAAUAAACUAAAUGACAAUGAAAAACCUUUAAAUCGAAAACAAUUCAUGAAAGAAUUGCAUACAGCCCUUGUUAAUCCUUACAUGGAGAGACGUCUAACUAAGCCGACAUUGCAUAAAAAAUUAAAAGCUAACAUUCAAGACUUGGUUCCAGAUAGUUCAGGAGAAAGUAACACUAGUUCAAAUGAAGCUUCUGGAUUGAAAAAAAGGAAGAUUUGUAGCUAUUGUCCGUAUAAAAAACAUCGCAUGACCAAAUCUAUGUGCUCAAAGUGCACCAAAAAUAUAUGCAGCGAACAUAAAGUUGAAAUAUGUGUCAACUGCAAUAAAAACUAA